AUGAGUGCCAGUACCACAUCUUCGGGCCUUCCAGUCCUCACCGUCACCGUCGUCCCCGGAGUUCCGAUCCCAUCGCUCUCCAUUUCCAACUUCGCUUACAGCGUGACCACUCUCUCCCUCGGAUUUACCGACGCUGUACCGAUCCCUACCACCUUUGCUACGAGCACCAAGCCCUCUUCCGCCACCACAAGCGCUGCAGCUGCCCCGCCACCACCUGCUCCAUAUAGCGCUCCGCCACCUGCUCCAUAUAGCGCUCCAGCACCUACUCCAUAUAGCGCUCCAGCACCUACUCAAUAUAGCGAUCCAGCACCUGCGCCAUACGGCGGUCACGGUCCUUUCUGCAUCAAGCAUAUCUUUGGCUUCCCAGUCAUCGUGCUCUGCAGCACUCUGUAG